AUGUUAAUUAAUAAAGAUAAAUUCAACGAAGAAUAUUGGAUUAAAAAAUUAGAUUUAGAACCUCAUGUUGAAGGAGGAAGAUUUAAAGAAGUAUUGAGAAGUGUUGAAAUUGAUAAUCAAGGUAUGGAAAUAUGUAAUUUUACAUCAAUUUAUUAUUUAUUAAAUGGAGAGUCAAAAUCACAUUUCCACAGACUCGCAAAUUCAGAUGAAGUUUGGUAUUAUCAUUUUGGUGGAACAUUAACAAUACAUUGUAUUUACCCAAAUGGAACUUAUGAAAAGGUACUACUAGGUCCGAAUGAAGGUGAGAUUUUACAAUUCAAUGUUACCAAAAAUACAAUCUUUAGUGCAUCAUAUGAUAAUGAAAAUAAUAAUCAAUCAUCAAAUUAUAAUUAUUGUUUAGUUGGUUGUAUGGUUUGUCCAGGUUUUCAAUAUAGUAAUUUUGAAUUUUUAAAAAAAUCAGAUCUAUUAAAUUUAUACCCACAACAUUCAAAAUUAAUUAAAACAUUCGCAUUUGAUACUUUACCAGAAAUGCCAAUGUAG